AUGCCAAAAAGCCCUGAUUACUACAAGAUCCUCGGGGUACCACAAGAUGCGACUCAGCAACAGAUCCGCAUUGCAUAUAAAAGGUUCGAGCACUUCACAAACUGCAAACUACUCGGGUCAUCUAUUCGAGGCCAUGCUGACCAAAAAUCCAGAGAAUCACUGAAAUGCCACCCCGAUCGAGUUCCUGCAGACUCCCCCGAACGACCGGCUCGGACUCGCAAGUUCCAGGAUGUCAACGAUGCCUACUACACCUUGUCUGACUCGGUGCGACGACGAGAAUAUGAUGCUACUCGCGCAUAUGAGGCUGAGGCUGAGACCGAGGAGGAAGUACCCCAAGGCGGCUCCGGUGGGUUCCCAUGGUCUAGCUUUGGCUUUGGGAGUCACGAGGAACGUGAGGAGCGUGACUCCAAUCAGUUUGGCUCGGUGUUUGAAGAGAUGUUGCGCGAAGAGGGGCUGGCAGAAGACGCUGAGGGUCAGCGGGCCCGUCCCACCUCGCGGUUUUGGGCAGUGGUUGGGGGUUUGAGUGGCGGUGCUCUGGGUUUCAUUGUUGGCAACAUUCCUGGUGGCCUAGCUGGGGCAGUCGCGGGCAAUCGCCUGGGCGCAGUCCGCGAUGCCAAGGGUAAAAGUGUCUAUGAGGUCUUCCUGGACCUUCCACAGCCAGAUCGGACGCAACUCUUGAGUGAAUUAGCUGCGAAGGUGUUCCAAUCUGCUAUGGGGCGCUAA